AUGGAUAAUGGAAAUAAUGUGACUGAAUUUAUCCUAUUGGGGCUGACCGAGAAUCCAAAGAUGCAGAAAAUUAUUGCUGUCGUGUUUUUCAUUGUGUAUGCUAUAACUAUUGUGGGUAAUACACUCAUUGUCAUCACUAUUAUCCUCAACCCUAGCCUGGAUUCCCCCAUGUACUUUUUUCUUGCCUACCUAUCCUUUAUAGAUGCCUGUUAUUCCUCUGUUAAUGCACCUAAACUCAUUAUAGACUCACUUUCUGAAAAGAAAACCAUUUUCUUCAAUGGUUGUAUGAUGCAAGUCUUUGGAGAACACUUCUUUGGAGGUGCUGAGGUUAUCCUGCUCACAGUAAUGGCUUAUGACCGAUAUGUAGCAAUUUGCAAGCCCCUGCACUACACGACCAUCAUGAAUUGGCGGUUGCGUGCCCUCCUGGUGUGUGUGGUCUGGAUAGGAGGCUUACUCCAUGCAACAAUACAAAUGCCUUUCAUAAUCAAGAUACCAUUUUGUGGUCCCAAUGUCAUAGAUCACUUUAUGUGUGACUUAAAUCCUUUGCUGAACCUUGCCUGCACUGACACUCACAUCCUUGGUUUAUUUGUUGCAGCCAACAGUGGUUUUAUCUGCUUCUUAAAUUUCCUUCUGUUGAUGGUCUCAUAUACUGUCAUCCUGAGUUCUCUGAAGACUCAGAGUGUGGAGGGGAGAUGCAAAGCCCUCUCUACCUGUGGUUCACACAUUACUGUAGUUGUUUUAUUCUUUGUUCCCUGUAUUUUUAUCUAUAUGAGGCCUGCAAUAACCUUUCCCAUCGAUAAAGCAGUUGCAGUCUUCUACACAAUCAUCACCCCCAUGUUAAACCCUUUAAUCUAUACACUGAGAAAUGCCCAAAUGAAAACUGCCAUUAAAAAAUUAUUCAGUCAAAAGGAGACUUUGGUUAGCACAUAA